AUGACAUAUAAUCGAAGAGAAAGUGUCAAGGUCCACCGAGUGCCUGGCAUCGGUGCUAUUGUCAUCGAUAAGACGGGUAAAACACUCUUCAACGAAAGCUUCGGGACAUUGGAUGCAAAUGACCAUAACGCGAGGCCUUUCACAAACGAUACGCAACUUUUCCUGUGGUCGUGCACCAAGUUGAUCACCAGUCUAUGUGCUCUUCAGCUCCUGGAGCAAGGCAAGAUAUCGUCCUUGGAUGACCCCGUCAAGAAGUAUCUCCCACAGGUCGGCCAGUUCGAAGUAUUUGAAGGGUUCGAUAAGAAUGGUUCACCUAUUCUGCGAAAGCCAAACUCCCAAAUCACAAUAAUGCAUCUCAUGACACACACCAGCGGACUGACUUAUGAUUUCUGGGAAGUCGACAAGCCAAUGUUCGAUUAUCGUGCUUCGAAAGGCCAGCAGUCAGGGACGGAUGCUCUGGAAGAGGAAAAUGAGUUUCAAUUCUAUGAUGUUUUUUUUGGCGUUUGA